AUGUCAGACGAAACAGCACCGGUAACCCCGUCCUCGAAUCCUUUGUACCCCAAUCUGGUAACACCACCAGAUUCCGGUAAUUCUAUUGACAACCCCAUACUUGUAUGCGAUUCUGAUGGGUCGGAUGCCUCGGAUACAGAGGCGUUUGGUGGAUCUGUUCGACAGCUAUCUGACAACAGUCCAUCGCCCUCCCCUCGGAUUGCGGCUAGAUUGCAGCCCCAAAAGAUCCGGCGCCAUCAUCAAGAUACGUCUCCUUCUGAAGGAGAUGCCAACGUGGAAACUCUGGAGGAGGUCGAGAAUGCCAGAGACUUGGACGUAACUAUCGAUGAUCUUGCGUAUGACACACCUCCUAGCUCUCCCAAAUUGCCAAUGGACAUUCCAAAUAGCGGUACUUCUCAGGAAGGCUCUGAUACUCGGGCAACUCUCGCAAGUACUCCCUCGGCCUCUGUAGGACCAAUGCCGAUUUGGAAGCUGGAAAUCAAAAUUAAGGAGGUUAUUUUAAAGACCGCCGCGGGAAAAGAAGGACAAAGGCGAGGGCAUGCCUAUAUAUAUGCCGAUCCGAACAGCGAGGCAGGAUAUUUCAAACUGGGAAAGACUGAGACUCCAAGGAGGCGCGAAAAGGAGCACCAAGUAAAAUGCAAACAUCCCACCUUCGAAUUGCUAGAUAUCGUACCCCGAGGACAGAAAGUUCCUUGGUUCAGUCGUUUGGAGGCGUUGGCGCUCGCUGAACUCACGAAUAUGGAGUACUCAUUCGACUGCCCUUGCUUGACGCCCCACCGAGAAUACUUUACUGGAAGAGUCCGCGAGGGCUUAGAGAUCCUCAACUGCUGGUCCAGCUGGCUACAGCGCAAUCCGUAUGAUGAAAAAUUCCAGCUUUCUCCUUUCUGGAGAGAUAGACUUCGUCUUUUGGGAGGAGGUUCAUUUAGCCAUUCCAGGUGUCCCAACACUGAAUGCCGCUCCGCCAGGGACAUUUGCUCCAGAUCAUGUCAAGCAUGUCUCAGGCUACGCUUGAAAGCUUGGACUGACGUGACGGAUUUUGAUCAUUUUCAAUACGAGUGUCGCAUGAGGGUUGGCUGGGAGUUGAUGCGUCAAGCCAUGUACUUGGUGUGGCCGCGUUUUGGGAGUCGCACUUUGAUUCUCAUUGACGGCUGGGAGAAGAUAAAACUCCUAGCCACUUUCCUUUGGGCCCCGACGACUCAUUUGUAUUUACUUCUGCUAUUGCAUUCGCUUCUGCUCUUGGUGCUCUGGCGCCCAAUUAGCGUACCUGCCGAGCCCAUUUUGUGCUACGGCAUUUUCUGCCUUUUCGCCUAUUGGAGGAUCAUGAGGGGGUUGAAGGACUCACCAGAUGAAAGCCAACUGACAAAGGACCGAAUACGUCCUCGAACACCCAGCAAAAAAACCAUUAGGAGGUCUUCGUCUUCACCGGGACCCAAGAUCCUUCCUGGAAUAGUCGGUGAAGCAGAAACACCAGAUGAACAAGAACCGCCCUCCAAAAAGCGCUCAGUGAGCAUCCAUGGAGCUGACGGUAUCUCGAGUACUCCAGAAAGCUAUCAAAGUGCCUCCAAUUCCCAUGAAAUGUCUGAAAUACCGAGGCACAUCGGACACUCACCGUUCUUGACUCCGGACCGAGCGAAAAGGACUGUUGGUAAGAGCAGCCCGAGAGCCGGCACGAAACGGCGAAAGAGCGAUGUUCGUUGA